AUGGCGCCCAGCCGACCCGGAAAGAAGGAGAAGCCCGAUGCUGGGGCCCUCCUAGACGACGCCGAGACCCUUUUCGAAGUCGGCAAUAUCGAGGAAGCGAUUGGCCUUGCCGACAAAGCCUUGACGACGACCGGCGAGGGCGGCGAUUUCGAACUUCGCGCCGUGAACAUCCUCGCUCUGCUACACCUCGAAGACGGUGAGAUCGACGAGGCCCGCUCGCUCUUCGAGCGCGCGGCCAGCAUCGACAAGAAUGGCGACAUUGACGAAAAGGUCGGCGGCGGCCCCGAGAAGUUUCUCUUCCUGGCCGAACUCAGCGAGGAGGGCGGCGAGGAUACCGUGAAGUGGUUUGACCGCGGCGCCACAGCGCUGCGCAAACAGAUUCAGACCCUAAGUGCCAUCAGCAAUAAGACACCCGAGCAGCAAGACGCAUACGAAGAGAAGCAGAAGAAGCUAGGUGGCGUGCUCUGCGCCGUCACCGAAGUGUACAUGACAGAUUUGUCGUGGGAGGAAGACGCAGAGAAACGGUGCGAGGCGCUCAUUACUGAAGCCAUGAUGAUUGCGCCAGGUUCGCCCGAGACGUGGCAGACGGUGGCCAACGUGCGCAUCUCCCAGGAGCGCAACGACGAGGCCCGCACAGCCCUCAAGCGCGGCUUGGAGCUCUGGCAGGACCUGGCCCCCGAAGACCCCGCGGUGCCCGACUUCCCGACCCGCAUUGGGCUGGCCCGUCUGCUCCUCGAGACGGAAAUGAUGGAGGAGGCGCUCGUCGUUCUCGAGCGCCUCGUCACCGACGACGACGAGAGCAUCGAGGCCUGGUACCUCGGUGGCUGGGCGCUGUACCUGGCGGGCGAGAAGCUUCGCGACGCCAAGGGCAGCACCAACGGCGCGGAGGCUUCAGAGGACCUCCAAGUGACCUGGAAGUCGUCAAGGCGCUGGCUGGCCCAGUGCCUGAAGUUGUUCGAAGUCCAGGAGUACGAGGACGAACGGCUCGGCGAGCACGCUAUCGAGCUGGUGCUCAGCAUCAACAAGGUGGUUGGCGAGCCUGAGGAGGGCGAGGAUGAGUGGGACGUUGCCAGCGAUGAUGACGAUGACGAGGAAGAGGAUGAGGAAAUGCAGGACUAA